UGAAAAAAUGGAACCCACCAGCAGUGUGAGGAGACCUGAAAGUGGCACAUGGCAGAGUGUGGCGAUGGAGACAGCAGCAAUGGGAGGCCGUACAGGGACCCAUGACACACUCUGGACCUGGCAGCAGCAUGAGGAGUCGGUACGGGGGCCCAUGGCAGAUUACGGGCCUGGCAGCAGCAAUGGGAGGCCCGUAAUCUGCCAGCACCCUAUGACAAAAUGGAACCCACCAGCAGUGUGAGGAGACCUGAAAGUGGCACAUGGCAGAGUGUGGCGAUGGAGACAGCAGCAAUGGGAGGCCGUACAGGGACCCAUGACACACUCUGGACCUGGCAGCAGCAUGCAUG